AGUUUCCCUGAGGCAAUCCAAUGUUUGUGGUGAUUUUUCGACCGGUUUCAUUGUUUAUUUUUACGUAAUACUCAACAUCUUUUAAAAGGAGAUAGAAUAGGUGAAUUUAUUAUUAUUUAGUUUCAACACAAAUUUUGUUCUAAGUUACCGAUGUUCAGUUGUAUAUUCGCCCGCUUGCAUAUAGGCUGUCGUUGCGAUCGGUUACCCGGUGUACUUCAUUGCAAAUAUACAUAACCGGGUGAAACUCAUGAUGGGUCGUUAUAAAUCUCUAUAGUAUCCACCUAUGACUGGUAGAAACGCGGCUGGUCUUCUACAACCGGACGAACAAAGUUCAAGAAGCUAUGAUAGGCAGAACACCGCAGCGAUGGAUUCGAUUCAGCCAGCAUUUUAUGUUAGCGAUGAAGACGUCACCAACGACAAAUUGCCAACUACAGGACUAGAGUACUUACGCAGAGUGAGGAAAGAAGCUAGUACAUGUCCAGACAUAGUUGUUGCUGACCUAGACGUAUCACCGUUCCAUUGCAAACAAACAGUCAAAGUUAUUAGUACAAAUGGGUGCCAGCCCGCACCUAUGGGAUAUGCUCCUUCACUGAGGUGGCAGCAGGUACAGGUGGCAGAAUUUUCUCAUCUGAGGCAGAAGCUGCUUCAGUUUAGAAUUAGCAAAGACAAAGGAAAAAUCACAAAGAGGAGAGAAGAACUACCAGAUGCAGCAGAUGAAUUUGGCUGGUACCAGCUAUGUUUUGGCCACAAUCAACUCCACCUAGCAGGUUUUAAGGACAUCGAUAUGGAGACGUCGUUAAGGCAGCCCACAAACCCAUUGCUGAGUGUUAUGCUGGCAUUGGAUCAGCCGACGGUGGAUGAACUGCUUUACAACCACAUCAACUGGUUCCGGGAAUCUGGCUUCUCACACCCACAGGGUCAGUGGCUGUACGCGUUGCUAGCAUGUCUGGAGAAACCGCUAAACCCGGAGUCGUGUCACUCACUACGCAUCCUCGCUCGCCUUUGCUCCAGUCUCCGGGCCACACUGGACACACCCAGCCAUCCACACCUAGCAGCUCUGAAUCUGCUACUGUGUCUCGUGGCGAGAUAUUUCGACCAAGGAGAUAUGUUAGAUGAGUGACUUCACAGGCAGCUUCUACCUGCCACCGUAGGUGAUGCCAUUUGCACGCCUGUCGCAGUAAACAUAGGUAUUCAUUGUAACCUACUACAGAGACUCCCCGACUUACGAACAUUCGAGUUACGAACUUUCGAUGAUACGAACAAUUUGCCCUGAAGUCCAUUA